UUUACAGAAUCCCGAGUUCUUCUGAAACCAUCAAUACUAGCAACCAAGGUGAGAAUAGUUCCAUAUAGUAAACAUAUGAGAACUGUUUGUAUGAGGAUAGAACUCCUGGGUUGUUCUCCUACUCCUAACCCUCUUCCACUAGAGAACUCUGAUAGAACAAAGUUUCUUGGAAUAUUAAUCGGAGGACUGUUAACCUUGUCUGUUCUACUCCUGGGAGUUAUCCUGGUUCUACUUAAGAGAAGAGGAUUAAAGAGAUAUCCUAGUCUUAGUAGUGUAUCCAUAUCCAGCAGUAUACUGGAGAAAUAUCACGGAGAUGAACCUGAACCUGUUUACCAGGAACCUGGAGUAUAUUCAUCUCCAACCUUAUUCUCCGAGUAUUCUUCUCCUCUCUCACUUAUAUACUCUACACCCCAGAGUAUUUAUCAAGUUUAUCAAUCUCCCAGCAAUCUUAAUCAUUCAUUCACUGAUUUUUCCUACCUGGAGGAAUCAUCCGUAGAUUCAUCCUCAUCCUCCGGAGGAACUCCAAGACUGCCUCCGAUACCCACCUCCAACAUUGAGGAUUUUAUUUUCUUAUCUCCGAUCUACUACAACACAUCUCAACACACUUCGCUAUAGUGAUCCUCCAUUUCGUGCUUCUAGUCCAUUAUUUCUCUUAAAUUGUAUUUUCUACAUAUUUGUUGAAAAAAUUAGGUCUUUAAAUAACGUAAUAUUUCCUAUAUUAAUUAUUAAUCAGUCAUAUGUUGUAUUUUUAUAUAAUAAUACAUUUUUUUAACAUG